CUGUAGUUUACUUUUUUGGUCAAAUAGUACCUAAUAUUUGUUACUCAGACACUCAGAUAGCUUUGUCCAACUGCCAUUAUAUACAAUCUUACUUUAUAUUUUAGUAUCUCAGAUGAACUGUCAUGAAGAGUAAACAAAGAAUUCUUGAAGUUCUAACUAUUCUUCCAAUUUGCUUCUUUCAUUAGAUCCAAAAUUGAGGUGACAGGCUUGAUACUUAUAGAAUUCUUGCAUGGUUGUUGUCAGAAACCUGCUGGAAUUCUUCUGAUCAUUUUUCUUGAUUUUUUUUAAGAAUCCGAAAAAUUGGGAUUUCGGAAAAUCAUUAGAGUUCAGAGAAAUGAGGGAUUUUGCAGCAUGUUUUAGUGAAUAUGCAACAGAUAUUGUGUCUGAUGCAUCUUGUUCUAGCUAUUCUAACCAUUCUUGUAUUUCUCCGAGUUUGAUCCCUUCUAUACAAAUCGCGGUCACUUGUCUGUAUAAGACCAUUCUUUCGAAUCACCAGCCUCUUCUGAUCACAGUCACUUGGUGCAAAAACAGCCUCUCCCAAGGCCUGAAUAUAAGUUUUGGAGAUGAUUCUGCCACAACAUUCAAGCUCAACCCGAAUUCGCGGUUAUUCAGGAAGAAGAAAGGGACUAAAACUAUAGAGUUGAGCAAUUCCAAGUGUGAAAUAAUAUGGGAUCUGUCCACUGCUCAAUAUAAAACCGGUCCAGAGCCGGUCCAAGGAUACUACAUACUGAUCAUGGUGGAUUCAGAACUUGGCCUAAUUCUCGGAGACAUGGCACAAGAAGCAGUCACCAAGAAAAUCAAGAAUGGCACACAUUUGGCUAAAUCCACAUUAGUCUCUCGAAGAGAGCAUUACUCUGGCAACACACAUUACUCCACCAAGGCUCAAUUCUGCGAGACAGGGAUCUCCCAUGACAUUUUAAUCCGGUGUAGUGGCGACAAUGAAGGCCUAAAGUACCCUGUUUUAUCAGUCUGCAUAGACAAGAAAAUGGUCAUAAGGGUAAAAAGGUUACACUUGAAUUUCAGAGGCAAUCAGUCCAUUUUCGUCGAUGGCUUGAUGGUUGAUCUCUUCUGGGAUGUCCAUGACUGGUUCUUCAACCCGGGAUCAGGCUACGCGGUGUUUAUGUUCAGGACUAGAAGUGGACUGGAUAGCAGGCUGUGGCUAGAGGAGAAACUGGUGCAGAAAGAUGAAGAAAAACUCGAAUUUUCUUUGCUGAUCUAUGCUUGUAACAGCAGGUGAACAAGUCUUUUAUGAAAUUUUUUCACCAUAGCUCAUGGCAAGAAAUACAUACUUGAAUUCUUGUAUCAAUUGUGAUAUAGCUGCUGCACAUCAUGAUCUUGUUUAGAAUUGUAAACCAUUUCAUGCUCAAAUUUCUUUGAUUUUGUUUUUUUUUA